UCGACUUCGCGUAAGCGCUUGACGUCAGCAUAACAACAACCUGUCAUGACAGCUCGUAUGGGAGAAAACAUAUCGAUAAAGCUAUCAAAUCAUUUAAAAUAGGUUUCAGCUGGAUAGGAAAUUCCUUCUACAAGCGUGUGAGAUCCAGGAGAUACAAGGCAUUUUUGAACCCGUCAGCUAGCCAGCCGGAGACACGGGGAACAGGAUAGGGAAGCAGGGCGAGGCGGGCCCCGCGGAGCCGGUGGAGAAGAUGGCCGGCAGCCCGGAGAAGAGUUCAACCGCGCAGGAGCUAAAGGAGCAGGGGAACCGGCUGUUCCUCUGCCGCAAGUACCAGGAGGCUGCUACAUGUUACAGCAAAGCUAUUAACCGAAAUCCAUCGGUGGCAGUGUACUACACUAACAGGGCUCUGUGCCAUGUGAAGCUGCAGCAGCAUGACAAGGCUCUGGCAGACUGCAAGCAUGCACUGGAGCUGGACAGUCAGUCAGUAAAAGCUCACUUCUUCCUGGGCCAGUGUCACCUGGAGCUGGAGAACUACGACGAGGCCAUCGGCAACCUGCAGAAAGCUUACAACCUGGCAAAAGAACAGAGGCUGAAUUUUGGAGAUGACAUUCCCAGCGCCUUGCGCAUUGCAAAGAAGAAACGUUGGAAUAGCAUCGAGGAGAAGCGUAUCAACCAGGAGAACGAGCUUCAUGCCUACCUGACUAAACUCAUACUCGCCGAUAAAGAAAGAGAACUUGAAGAAUACAAAGAGAAACAGGACGACAAUCAAAAUGGAGGCGAUAUUGCCAAGAUUUCAACAAAAAAUGACAAGUAUCUAAUGGACAUGGAGGAGCUUUUCUCUCAAGUGGACGAGAAAAGAAAAAAGCGGGAGAUCCCUGAUUACCUGUGUGGGAAGAUCAGCUUUGAGCUGAUGAGGGAGCCCUGCAUCACACCCAGUGGGAUCACUUAUGAUCGCAAGGACAUUGAAGAGCACCUACAGCGAGUGGGUCACUUCGACCCGGUCACCAGGAGCCCCCUGACCCAGGACCAGCUGAUCCCAAACCUGGCAAUGAAGGAGGUGAUCGAUGCCUUUAUCCAGGAGAAUGGCUGGGUGGAGGACUACUAAAGGGACCCCCUCUCCCCCAUCCCAUCACCUCCCAUCUCUCUAUCCAUACUCCCCAUACUCAACACAAAGCCUGGACAACCCCAGACUAUAGAAGACAGAUCCCCGCCCCCCCCCCUGUCGCCUGGAUUAUGUACUUUUACACAAGUGGGAAACACCACAUUAUGGACUACCAGAGGGGAGCCACGUAUCUCGGUUUGCCUCUUACCCCCCACACAUUUUAUCUUUGCUGUAAAACUCCCGCUCAUACUUUCUGAGGCUCUGCUGCUCCCUUUAAAACCCCUGUCAAAACCCCCGUCAUCUCAUUCUGCUCCUUCUUGACCGCCUCUCCUCCUUCCUCUUCCCUUCUGUCAUGCUGUAUCAACUCUCUCCAGCCUGACUCCCUUCUUUACUCUCAACAAGGGGCCACACUCUCAGGUCUCUCUCUCUCGCUCCCUCCCUCCUCUGCCUCUCUCUCUCUCUUUCUCUGAGUGCCACAAUCCUUGGAAAGCAUCAGCAUUUGCACUCCAGUGUUUCACACACACACACACACACACCACCAAUAUUAAGAUAUUACACAUGGUGGGUAAAUCCAUUAAGAAAUAGGCCUUGUAUUUGGCGUUUACUUUAGUGUUUCUUACUCAUUGGAGCAUUUGUCCAAUUCUUAAUGUAUAUUUGCUAAAGUGGGACCUGAAAUGCCAAAACCCCUUUCUCCAUGAAGGUGUAUGCAAGUUUCACAUGAUGGUAAUUGAAGAAUAGUCAUUUAGACGUGAGGAAUCAAGUCUCCUCUCGACCUGCAGGUGGCGCCCCAAACAUACCUGCUCAUGUCACCAUACUGCAAGACUCUUAAGAGGACUGUUGGUUUUGGUUCUUAGCAUAUCAAUCACACCCCAUUACAGACAAUUUAAAUGAGUUGAAUGUAUGCAUACUGUACUCUUUAGGUUUAGGCUCGACCUACAGUAAUUCAAAAUGUUUUUUAUCGGGACAAUACAAGGACUUCAUGUAAAACGGCCUUGAACUGGAUGCUGAAACGGAAAUGACCGCUGCAUACAACAAAAAAAAAGUUUUCACAUUGCUGGAUAUGAAUAGAAAAUGUUUGAAUAUUGAUAGAGGACAUUAGCUGUUGAGAAAACCUGCUCUGAAGAACGGUCUGUGCUGUGUGUGUUGUUCAUGCAAACAAAAAUGUGCUUGGUGCGUUGUGUUUGGCUCGUGCCGUUUGCCUGGAAUGACCGUGGACGCUCACUUCAAGCAUGACGUGAUUCUUGUUUUCCUUUGCAAAGGCAGGAAGAUGGGUGUCAGUGGUCUCGACGUUUAACUGUUAGUGUUACGCGCCUUCUAAUGGUUGCAACAGCUUCUGUAAACCAAUCACCAGUGUGGGACGCAGGGGUUUGAGGUGCUAGUGUCGAUGUAACAACGCCCGUGUUAAAAAUGCUGGAAGAGUUCGACUAUCUAUUUCUCAUCCUUACCUCAGUACAACGUUUUUGGGUGCUGGUUCCCUUUCUGUAAAGCACAUUUUCAUUUCAUCAGUUUACAGGUUAUUUUUCAGUCGAAUGUGCGUCCGUGGUUAAUAAGGCCUGUCGGUGGUUCGUGUUGGGCGGGGUGCAGGUAGUGUAAAUAAUUAGCUUGUGUAUCUCAGAUUUUAUUUCUUGACAAAAUAGGGUUCUUUUUUUUUCUUCUUUUUCUUGAGAAAUCCUAGAGCUUGAGAAACUGUAUUAAAUGUAGAUAUGUUGAUAACAUAAAUGCCUGGUUCAGUUUUCAUUUGCCCCCAUUAAACCGUGAACUUUGAGUUUGUUGUUGUUCUGAAUCCGUACAGAUACCAACAUAUCGCUGCUGUACUACAAACAUGAGCAGUGACACAAGCCCUGCAAUAAAGGCACAUUUGUUGAAGUUA